UCACCGAAGUCACAAUAUUACCUCGUUUUUUCCGAGAACUCAGUAGUCUUGAACGCACCAUAACUAUUAUCGGAAAGUCGGUGUGCACUCUGGUGUCUUGAGUUUUUGUGUUUUCUUAAUUUAAGUCAGUUUGUGUUUUAACCUUACGCCGUAACGUGUUGCAAUAUAAUUUCGCAGUUAGUGCCAUAGUUGUUCAUUAACCUACACAAUUUGAAACGGCUUGAAAUCUGUUUGAAUCUACCUGGAAUAGGCGGACGGACCACCGAGAUGGAUUUCAGCUAACGUUAGCUUAGCCUAAAGCAGCUAACGAACCGGGCUAAUUUAUUUAGCCACUUCAACCUGGACUAUAACGUUAUCGUGAACACUUUGUUUUCAGCGGACUUAUUUUCAAACUCACUGCCCUUUUUUUUUUUUGUUGAGGAUCCAACUUCACUUUCGGAGGCCAACUACCUACCUGUAACCCAGGAAGGAGAGACCGACAGAGAGAGAAGGAAAGUGCUGUCAUUGUCUGGUUGAGCUGACCCAAUACCCAAUAUGUUGUCCAAUAGCGGGACCCAGCCUCUGUUCCCACCGACCCAGGGCCCAGCUAACCCGGCGGGCCAACCUAACCCGCCCCCUUCGGGUCACCUCUCACAGUUUCAUGUGAAACCGACCCUACAGAUCAAGAAGAACGCAAUAACGGACGAGUACAAAGUGACCAGUCAGGUACUGGGACACGGCAUCAAUGGAAGGGUGCUGGAGAUCUUCCACAAGAAAAGCGGAGACAAAUACGCCCUCAAGAUGCUGCAGGACUGUGCGAAGGCUCGGAGGGAGGUGGAUCUUCACUGUCGGGCGUCACCCUGUUCCACCAUCGUACGCAUCGUGGACGUCUUUGAAAACCUCUACCAGGGCAGGAAGUGUCUGCUCAUCGUCAUGGAAUGCAUGGAUGGGGGAGAGCUGUUCAGUCGUAUCCAGGACAGAGGAGACCAGGCCUUCACAGAGAGAGAGGCCUCUGACAUCAUGAAGAGUAUAGGAGAGGCCAUUCAGUUCCUUCAUGCCAUCAACAUCGCUCACAGAGAUGUCAAGCCAGAGAACCUACUGUAUUUAUCUAAGAGGCCUAAUGCGCUGCUGAAACUGACAGACUUUGGUUUUGCUAAAGAGACCACCACACACAACUCACUGGUCACCCCUUGCUACACACCAUACUACGUUGCUCCAGAGGUGUUGGGACCAGAGAAGUAUGAUAAGUCAUGUGACAUGUGGUCGCUAGGCGUCAUCAUGUACAUCCUGUUAUGUGGUUAUCCACCGUUCUACUCUAACCAUGGUCUGGCCAUCUCUCCUGGGAUGAAGAAGAGAAUCAGAAUGGGACAGUAUGAGUUUCCUAACCCAGAGUGGUCCGACGUAUCAGAGGAGGCCAAGCAGCUCAUCAGAACCCUGCUGAAGACCGAGCCCACGCAGAGGAUGACCAUCACUGAGUUCAUGAACCAUCCAUGGAUCAACCAGUCGAUGGAGGUUCCCCAGAUUCCUCUCCACACCAGGCGAGUUCUGAUCGAGGACAGAGAUGCUUGGGAGGACCUCAGGGAGGAGAUGAAUAGCGCCUUAGCGACCAUGAGAGUGGACUAUGAGCAAGUCAAGAUCAAGACCAUUGAGGAGUCCUCCAAUCCCCUUCUGAUGAAGAGGAGGAAGAAAUUACAGCCCUCAGCCAAUCACACGGUCCCAGACUCACAGAGACCUGCCCUAUGAGACAUAUAUACACACACACACACACACACACACAGGGAUACACCCACUCAUACGCGUGUUGUAAAACAGAAGCAAUAAGGGUUAUCGACUCACUGGGGAGUGCAUGGAUUUUCUUAAAGCAUAGAAGUUUAUUUUUCAUGACCAGUUUUAAUGUUUUUAAAAAGCAUUUAUUUUGAUUAAUCAAUGUUUUUACCUAAUCAACCACUCUGCUAUGUUCACCUUUUUAAAACAACCAAGAGAUUAUGAGAAGAACGUAUGAGUCCAUGGUUUUUCCAAAUGACUAAGUCCAAACAGAUUUCCUUGUAUCAGUUAGUGAUAGAUUAACAAACCAUGUGUGUUAUUGAAAUGGCUUGUGGGAAUGUAAACACACACUUACACAUCGAGGUCUGUGACGCCACGCCCCAUUCAGAGACAUAUGAAGCCACGCCCCAUUCAGAGACAUAUGAAGCCACGCCCCAUUCAGAGACAUAUGAAGCCACGCCCCAUUCAGAGACAUAUGAAGCCACGCCCCAUUCAGAGACAUACGAAGCCACCCCCCGGCCACGCCCCAUUCAGAGACGUAUGAAGUCACGCCCCAUUCAGAGACAUAUGAAGCCACGCCCCAUUCAGAGACAUACGAAGCCACCCCCCGGCCACGCCCCAUUCAGAGACGUAUGAAGUCACGCCCCGGCCACGCCCCAUUCAGAGACAUAUGAAGCCACGCCCCAUUCAUGAACCACUUUCCCACAGUACAAGGUGAAUAGUUGAGUACAGUUCACUUGGCCUCAGCACCCAGCUCGCUGGCUUUCAUCCAAAGUCCUUAACCACUUCCCUCUACCCCCUAUGCACUUGUGGAGAGCUGAUAUGCCCAGUGUACAAGUGUUUAAGGGCAGAGACAAGGCAGCCAUGUUUCAUAAUGGAAUGCAGCCAGAGGCCAUUUCAGCCUGAUGCUGUUCUCUAGGGGUUUGUAGUCUUUCUAGUCUUUUCAGUUGUAGUUCUUUAUCCUAGCUGUUACAAUGUUAAGAAUCCCUUUCUGCUCAGACUUUGUACUGUGUGAGUGCUAUGCAGAGGGCUUCACCCCAAAACUACCUUCUACAUCAUUUUGAUACUGCUUUGAUUUUGUGUAUAAAUAUAGUGUUGCAGAAUCGUAUUGUCA